AUGGCUACUCUCGUCGAGCGCCUCGAGCGCCCCCCGAAGGAACCCUCCGGGCCCGAACCAGGCACUCUCCUCCACCUCCCCGAGGAGCUUCGCGACAUCCUCGUCGACGAACGUGGCAAAUGGAGAGACGAGUCCCCCGAGCUCAAGGACAGCGAAUGGCUCUCAUGCCUGGCGCGGACGAGCAAGAGGCUGAGCAGCGGGAUGCUGAAGCGGCUGUUCGAGCCUGCCCCGAACGAACCCUCCGAGCCCACUGACCCGAAGGAACCUUCCAAGCCCACCCUGACUCUCCUCCACCUCCCCGACGAGCUUCUCGUCUUCAUCAUCAACGAAGCUGCCAAAUGGAGCGACAAGCUUCCCGAGUUCACGGACAGCCACUGGCUCUUAUGCCUGGCGCGGACGUGCAAGAGGCUGAGCGGCAUGGCAUUGAAAAGACUGUACCAACGGCCCUGCUCGGGCGCGAAGUUUCAUCAUGACACAAUCCACCACCUGGUUGUCGCCCUCUACCAGCAGCCGGGCCUGGCCUGGCAUGUUCGCGAACUCGUCUUCGCACAAUCAUUCCGUAGCAGCAGUUCCGACCUCUUCUAUGACCGUUACCCUCUACCCUCGUGGAAGGAGGAUGAGAAGAAGAAGAAGGAACGGUUCAGGAUCUCGCCGGAGGAGGCCGCCGCCUUGAACCGAGGCUUCCGCGAGCAUGACAUCGGCCGAUACACGCCGGAUCAAGUCGAGGAGCCGUGCCAAAUUCGCGCCACCGAGAAUCUCAGAGAUCGGGACGACGGCGCGCUCGCCGAUACGCGUGGCGCGCUCGUAGCGCUCGCCGUCGUCCGGUGCCCCAACCUGCAACGCCUGGGGUGGCAGGCCAAUGGGUGGCCGCUGCAGCGCGCCAUCACCCGGGGCCCGCUGGCCGAGUUGACCGAGAUGAACUGGUCGUGCCGUAGCAGUUUGUCCGGCCGCAAUCUGCACAGCAGUCUGGUCCGGCUGACGGCGGCCGCCCCCAAGCUCCGCAAGCUGACCCUGGGAGGCCUGAUCGCGCUGGACGAGGUCGCGCGCUGCUCCGUGAAGGACCUCGUCCUCCACGAGGUCGUUCUGACGGAGGGCAUGGUCGGCCGGCUGGGCGAGAGUUUCCCCCAUCUGCAGCGACUGUCCAUCCGCACCGACCGACCCCUGAAGGUACCCAAGGACCUCGCCAGGCCCGCGUUCGUCGUCAACUGGCUGGUGGAGACGUACGGGAAGAGCCUCCGAUAUCUCUACUGGUUCUGGCCCUCCUUCUAUCCCGAGCGGUCCCACGAGCACCGAAUGGCAACGUCGCUGGCGGGCCUCUCGGAGAUCACGGCCUUGACCGAGCUGGACUUGCACACGCCGCACUUACACCGGCCACCCCGCUCGGACACGGACGACGACACGGACAUGGACGACGACACGGACACGGACGACGACACGGACACGGGCGAGGAGGAGACGUUCUGGACAGGCAUGCUGGGGCCUAGCCUGGAGGUGCUGCGCGUCAUAUGGAUACGCGAUGAAUGGCGCGCGGUGCCGCUGCGGUUGGCCAUUGAUAAGGCGUGCAGCAAAAUGCGGGAGGUGGAUGUCACAUGUCGCUUAGCACCAGACGACGAGGCCGAGCUAACAGUCAUGAAGAAGCCUCAAUAUAAGUUUGACUGCCACCCCAUUACAUCUCAUCUCCAGAUCGUCUCAACGCCACAAUGCGCUGAAACUGCCUCACCCACGUUCCGAACCGUCAAGACGCACGGUAUCCUCGCGCUCCCCGUGGAGCUCCUGGAUUUGAUCAUCGAUGCCUUACCCCGCGGGGUCGUCCACGCGAGCGACCGGGACAAGCGGUGGGAUAAGGAUAAGCUAAGAGAGCACCCCGGCACGUUCUUUAACGUCGCGCUUACAUACAAGACACUGUCCGCGGUGGCCGUACCACGACUAUACCAUCACGCCUCGACGAAAGAAGAUAACCGCAAGGCCUUACCAGGACGCCUAGUCCACACCCUCUGCCAGCGGCCGGACCUGGCCGCCCUCGUCGCCGAGCUCACCGUCGACAGCAGCAGCUUCGACAACUUGUUCAGCCUCGUCGAAAGCCAGCGCCGGGGCUCCGAGUGGCGGCUUUCGCCGCACGAGGCCGCCGUCUUAAACCGAGCCUUCCGCGAGCAUGGCAUUACCAGGGUCUCGACGAGCGACGAGUACCUCGACGCGGCUAAUAAGCUAAAGGAGCAACGCCAAGGCGCGGAGAGGCCAUACCGCAUUAACGCCAUAAAGAGAAAGAUGGAUCAAACCGACGUCGACCGGAGGCGUGCACAAAAGGCGGGCGGCGGCGAACUCGCGGCGCUCGCCAUUAUCAAGUCCCCCAACCUGCGGUGCCUAGUCGUGUACUGGUUGAAGCCGCUAGCCCAUUUGCGCUGGAGUCUGGACGGCAGCCUGGACUGGCUCCUUGCGGCAGCCCCCGCGCUCCGCAGGUUGACUCUACAGAACUUGUACCGGAUCCGCGCGCUCGCGCGCUGCCGCGUGACCGAGCUAACCCUUAAGCGUGCCUUCUUGGACAAGGAAAGCGUCCGCCGACUGUGUAAAGCCUUUCCUAAGCUGCCGCGACUUAUAUACAACUUUAAGGUGCUCCCCUUACCCCGCUCUAAUCCCUACUUACCGGACACGGCCAAGUGCGCGUUCAUCGUCGGCUCGCUGGUCCAGACGUGGAGUAAGAGCCUUCAGCAUCUCAGCCUAGACUUGUCAAAGACCUGCCGCGAGCAUGACGGCUCCAGGUCCCUGAGAGGGCUCCGGUCGAUGACGGCGCUGACCCAUCUGACCGUACACUCGCCUUGCGCACACCAGGGACGACACGAGCCCGACAAGACGUUCUGGCUCAGCCUUCUCCCGCCGAACCUAGAGGUGCUGAGCAUAUCGGACCCUGGAUCAACAUGGGAGGCGCUGCCGCUGCUGUCGGCCCUUGAUAAGGCGUGCGGCAAGGUGCAGAAGGUGAGCGUGGAGAGCGAUUACGCACCAGAGGACAUAGCCGCACUGUAG